ACUGCUAGAAUGGUGAGAACCUUUUCUCCUCUCUCUCUCCGUCUUUCUCUUCACUCCCAUCUCCCUCCUCUCUCUCCAUCUCUCCUCCUCUCCUUCACGCCACGUUAUAUGCUAUCCAAACAUCCAUCCAUCCAUCCAUCCAGUGCACAGCCGAAUGAGGGCACAGCCAGAGAGGGAAAAGCAACAGAUCAUGUUCUCUGAACCAGAUACAGCUCACAACAGACUCUCUAUAUUCUAAUUUGCCUUCCUCUGUAUUCCUGAAGACAUAGACAAAAAAGAAAAAGGACUGAAAGUAACCACUCUCUGAGAAGUCUGGACAUCACCUUGUCAGAGGAACUUGAAGAGAUUCUUGAAGCUAAACCAGGUCUGCUGGGACAUACAGGAGACUGACCAGUUGGGGGUUUUGACAUUUGGUUUUUCUCUUUUAUUCGUGGCUGGCGAAGGGGCCGGUGAAAGUUAGCCAAGACGCCGCGUGCUGUGCUCCGCGUGAAGAAUGCCCAGGCUCGCCUGCCCAAGCCGGCGGACACGGCACCGGCACCAACGGCGGGCCUGUACAUGGAGCGUUCGCAGAGUCGCAUCAGCCUGUCAGCAUCCUUCGAGGCCCUGGCAAUCUACUUCCCCUGCAUGAACUCCUUUGACGAGGAUGAUGGCGACCCAGAGGGCCGCAGGUUAAAAGGUAUUCAGCGAAGCACAGAGACAGGACUGGCCGUAGAGAUGCCCAGUCGCACAGUUCGGCAGGCCAGCCAUGAGUCCAUAGAGGACAGCAUGAACAGCUAUGGCUCAGAGGGCAAUCUGAACUACAGUGGUAUGUGCUUGGCAUCAGAUGCCCAGUUUAGCAACUUUCUAGAUGGGAUGGGACCAGCUCAGUUUGUGGGAAGACAAACACUAGCUACCACUUCAAUGGGAGAUGUGGAGAUCGGUCUGAUGGAGAGGAACGGACAGUUGGAGGUGGAGAUCAUUCAGGCUCGAGGACUCAUCAUGAAGCCUGGAUCCAAGGGCCCUCCAGCAGCGUAUAUCAAAGUGUACCUUCUGGAAAAUGGCAUGUGUAUCGCCAAAAAGAAGACAAAGUCAGUGCGGAAAUCUCUAGAUCCCCUUUACAAUCAAGUCCUUGUGUUCUCAGAGAGUCCACAGGGAAAAGUUGUACAGGUCAUUGUUUGGGGAAACUACGGCCGGAUGGAUCGCAAAUGCUUUAUGGGCGUCGCACGCAUCCUAAUGGAGGAGCUGGAUUUGACAAACAUGGUGAUUGGCUGGUACAAGCUUUUCCCGACCUCGUCAAUGGUCGAUCCCACAAUGGCACCGCUGAUUCGACACUCGUCACAGCUCUCCCUGGAGAGCACUGUCGGACCGUGCUGUGAACGUUCCUAAGACAAAUAACUAGUUUUUAUUUUUCUCUGGAAGGGCUCUCGAAGCCCUCUAUCAUACAAGUGCUGUCUGUGCAUGACUGCAGCACUAGAACCCUCUGGAAUGUUCUAGAAUUUCCAAGACGUCUUCAGAACAAAACACCUUCUGGAACAUUCCAGAAUGUACCACAGAGGUACUAAGGAAAUAUUCCUUUUCAACCUCAGAAGGAAAGAGAUCAGGAAAGGCAAAGAAUGCAGACCAAACCUUUGGGCUUUAUUUUAGCUUUCGACACAUUAGCUUGUGCUGGUCUGUAUGUCUUUCAAAGGAAAAAUCCUCUGUUUAGAAUUGAUUUCCACAUAAAAGGCAAACGUUUGGUGCAGUCAUCAUUUUGAGUGCUGCCACAGGUUGAUUGUUAAUGGAUAAAAGGGAUGGGUUUUGUGCAAUAUGAGAGAUGAAUGUAUUGGUUAAAAAGUGUGGGUUUGCAUUUAUUUUCUUGCGUAAUUAUCAAUAAAUGAAAAGAUACAUGUCUUACAAAGAUUCAAUAUAGUAUGUAUAGUUCGAAGAGUUAAUGUUUGUGAUUUCAUGAUUUAGUUUGGAUAUUUUUUUAUUUUAUUUUUGUCUUUCUCAUUAUUGAACAGUGCCAAUGCUACCAGCAAGUGGCUUUACUUAGUGGUUAGUGUCUAUAUGACUAGAGGCUUUAUUAACCAAUAACUUAGGCCAAAACAAAUUUAUAAAAACUGACGCUGGUUUUCUACAAUACUUUCUGAAGUGACAGUGACCUCUUGUAGAUUUUUCAUGAUGUCACUGUGAUUAUUCCCCCAAUUACACAAAUUUGCUGAAUUUUAAUAAACAUUUUACAGAACAUUUUUAUGAACACUUAUUGUACACCAAACUGAAUUUGAACACCAAAAUUCUGUAAAAACUAUUUGAAAACAAAAAAUGUGCAUUAGGUUGUUGGAAAUGACACUAGGCGGAGUGACCACUUCUGUUAAUCAGCCAGUCUGGCACAGUUAUCUCAAAAUUGUCAGGUAUCGUCCGAUUAAUCACCCUGGUCAAUAUAUCAGUCUAUCACUAAUUAUGACAUGAUAAUUUAGUUUUGCACUUUAUAAUCUGAAAUAUCUUUUUAAUAAGUGACUGCUAGUUUGGCAUGAGCCAACAUUCCUUUUCUUAUUGAAAUGAUUAUUAAUUGUGACAUUUGGGAUUCAGAGUCUUAAGUAGCAAUGAUAAGGAUGUAGCAUUAAUUAUUGGCAUACGCAUGAAAGGCAUCUUAGUUUCCCACAAUCUAAUGAGAUGUUGCAUGGAAUUAUUUGAUGCAUUAGAAAGUUUUACUGGCAGUAUAGCAAACAUGUAGCAGCAUACGAUCAAACAAAUACUGUUACAUUGCACAGUGUUUUACUGUGUGACAUCUUAAAGCAAAAUAAGAGGCAGGUCUUAAUAAAUACUUAUAGACAUAUGAAUCGUUUAAACUAUUUUAGCAUAUAUCCAAAAAAGCAUAUGAAAAGCAAGACAUUUAUACACCAAUACAAAACCACGGGUAAGACAACAGCAUUCUGCAUAAACAGGAAUUUUUUAUGCCCACUUUAAAAAUAUAAUAUGAACUAUCAGACAUUUUGUGAAGAAAAUGCACUAUUUAUCACUAGAAAAAAGGAUUUUGUUAAAGAUUAAUUCCACUAUGAGAAUUUCCAGAGUGUAUAUUUAAAUUAACGCUGAAAAGUAUACCUCAGUCGACUUUUAAAACCCUCAACAUAAUCAAGUUGUUAAGGCCAUACAUGAAGCACUGCCACAUUCUUUUUGAAAAGUUAAAUGUUUAUUGUCUUAAGAAGCAAUAACUUGCUCACUUUAUGCGUUACAGGGAGUAAAGCCAGAAUUUGUCUCCGCAUUACAUUAGAAAUUUUGCAUCCAUGUAGCAAUACAGUAGAUACUUGGUUUAAGACACAGCAAUUCUCAGUAUACAGUAAUGGCUGAAUGUUUGGGAUUCUUGGGAAUAUAGUGCCAAAAAUGUACCUUUUAUAGGUGUGUUGGGUUUAUAUAAAACUGAAUGAUUUGGAACAGCUUAAUGAAUUACAUUGAAUCAAACAGUACAUUGUAUGUUCAUAUAUACAAUGUACAUUAUUAUACAUCAGUUUAGUACAGAAUAAUUUCACUGGUCAAUCUGUGUUUUCACUUAGAAGUCAAUGUCAGUGUCACAGUUGGAAAAAUUAAUUUUGAUUCGAGUUCCAUAUUACUGGUCUGUUUAUUGUAAAUAAGACUCCUAGUGGGCGAAAUCAGUGUUAGUAAAUUAUGAUAUAAAUGAAAGCUCCAUUUGCGAUGUCACAUAUUGAUAUUACAUUUUUAGGCUUUAAUCUUUGGCAAAGUAACACAAAUGACAGAUUGAAAUAUAUUUAUUUGGCAAAAAGUUAUUGUUCAUAUGGCAAAAUCUGAAACGGAUAUACUGUAUUUAUUGCUUUUCAACUUUAAAUAUCCUCAAUUUUACACUGCAGGUGUUAUAAAACAUUUUGAAUGAAAAUGAAUUGUUUUUGUAAAGCCUUAAUAACUCGUAAACCAGAGGUCUUAACACAAUGCCAACUGUACUGCGGAGAAACAAGCAUGCAAGAAUGUAAUUCAGUUUUUAUCUGUACUGUAUUUAUUAUUUUCUCAUUCUUUAUUUCUGCCUGUCUUUAUUUAAAUGUUUUAUUUUAAGGGUUUUUAUUUUAUAUAAAUUGCGAGUAUUAUGGCCUUUUGAGUCACAUUUUUCAACACUUAGUUUUGUAACUAAUUAACCAUUAACCAUAUCAACUAUCCUUGCUGAGGUUGAUAGGGCAAAAUAAUCAACAUAUUCUUAAAUUGGAUGCUGUGAUAUUUUUCUUUGUGGAGAUACUUGUUUAAUUCCUUAUUACUGUUCAUUAUAUGUAAAUUUGAAUUCGUAAAAUCAAAAAUGUCACUGUUAAUUAAUGCACAAUUUGAUGUACUGUUACUCUGUUGAAAAUGGUAAUAAAGAAUAAAAUAGCUCACUCUGAUUUACAAAACCUUGUGCGAGCUCCCUGAAGUUUCAUAGGUUUAAUUCAAUGUCACAGACGUGUAAGUAUCCGUAUCCAGAAACCAUUUAAUAAGAUUUGACAACAAACAAAUAAAAGUGAGCUGGACAAUUCUUAUUGUGAAUAUCAGAUAGAAUUGGAUAUUACUGACUGCGUGAAUGUAAUAGUUAUAAAGUCUGUCUGCUUUCUCUAAGGAAAAUUAGAUCAAGCACUAUUGAUCUGAAUGUUGGUAUUUUGGAGAUACAGUUUCAUUUUUGUAUGUAGAUGUGUGUGUGUAGCCGUUGUUUUGUGAUUAACUAUGGGACACAUCGAAUUCUGUCCCUAUUUUAUGUUAUAAUAGAACAAUUCAGGUCACUUUUAUGCACAUACCAACACUUUUAUCUAAAAUAGGACAUACCAUAGACUUCUGUUGUUUUUAUAUAAAGCCAAUUAUAUUAAGACAAACCCUAACCCUACAAGGAAGCUUUUUUGCGUUUAAUAAUAAUAAUAAUAAUAAUAAUAAUAAUAAUAAUAAAAACAUUAUUUUAUUUAAUAUUAAAACAGACUUACGAAUAAUUUUUACCUAUGAGGUCAAGGAGGAGA